AUGUUAGUGCCGAAUUACUACGGCAUACAGCCUUGCAAACCUCUUCGUAUUGUACAUGUUGGUUAUACAUAUUGGUUAUACAAUGAAAAGUGUGGUGAUUAUGUGAAUUGGGGUAUAUUCCAAGAAGAUUCAAGAUUAUCAAGAAAUGGAAGACAACCAUUAACUGAUGUUUAUGAUAAUGCUCUGAAUUCAGGUUCCAUAGAGGAGGCAUUGAAGAUUAUCAGAAGGAAUGAUCCCAGAAUAUUUACAUUACAAUAUCACAACUUAAGGCACAAUUAUGAAAGAAUAUUUUACAAGCAUCUUGAUCCUUACAGAUUGUUCUGGGCAUAUUCAUCAUUUAAUAUAACAAGGCUUAUGAAUGAUUGGAUUCAACAUAAUUUUUUGAUUAAUGCUGUUGCGCGGCCAGAGGAGAAUAUAGUAAUACUCAAGGAAGAUUGUAUUAAGCCCAUUAGUCUGAUUAUUGAAGGCCCAAGUUAUAUUGGUAAAACUGCUUGGGCCCAUUCUCUAGGUAAUCAUAAUUACAUCUGUGGGCAUCUGAAUUUCAAUCAAGCUACAUUUCAUCAAGAUGUACUAUACAAUGUCAUUGAUGAUGUCUCACCGGUGUAUCUAUGUAUAAAGCACUGGAGAGAACUAAUUGGUGCACAGAGGGAUUGGCAAACCAAUCGCAAAUAUGAGAAACCGAUCCGCAUUAAAGAUGAAUAUCCAAAUGCAAGAGUGUAUGGAAGGAUGCAUGAAGGGAUGCAACUAUUCUACUGCCAAACUAACUUCCCCAGGCUUACUAUUUGCAUUGCCCUCAAUGUCAAGAUUUAA